AUGUCAUUGUCGCAUGAGACUAAGUGGGUUGGAAACAAGGCAAGAGAAAUAGCUCCAUGGGGUUAUAAGCUUUGGUAUUCGGGAAAAACUAGGGGUAGGAAUGGGGUAGGUAUCCUUAUUGACAGAGAUUAUAUUGAUGAUGUAGUGGACGUGUCCCGAAAGAGUGAUCGAAUUAUGAGUAUUAAGCUUGUGAUAGGGGAUGAGGUUGUAACUAUUGUGAGUGCCUAUGCACCACAAGCAGGACUAGAUGCGUCAACUAGACAAGAAUUUUGGGAGGAUUUAGAAGAAGUGGUGCAACGUGUCCCUAGAAGUGAGAAACUCAUCAUUGGUGGGGAUCUCAACGGACAUGUAGGCUCGAGUCGCGAUGGAUUUGAAAGCAUUCAUGGUGGUUUUGGGUAUGGGGAGCAGAAUGAAGCGGAAAAUGCAAUUUUGGAUUUUGCAUUGGCAUAUGACUUGGGUAUAAUGAACACUUGUGCUACACCAAUUGUAAGGUGA